ACACCAUAAGAAAUCAUUAAUUUGUGUCAAUUCAAAUUCAAAAUUUUCCAACAAAAAAAAUAAAUCACAAUUCAAAACUCCCUUUGAAAAUUUGAAAUUUGCAAGAAUGCAUUCUUUGGAAAAAGCAGUUUCGGAAAAACAUCGCGUAAUCGUUCAACUAAAUAAAUUGGGAUCACAAAAUGCUUCCCACUCGAAAUUAACGCUGGUACAAGUUCGUGCUAGACCCGAGCUGACUGAUCCUUUUGUUGCGUUGGGUUACGACACGUUACAAGUCAAUCGGAAAUCAUCGUCUCAAUUUUCCACUUUGUCAUCAUCAUCCUCACCUUCAAAGGCUAAAUUGCAUUUCGAUUGCGUUGGCAAUGGUUUUGAUGCACGGACACGUUCUGAGAUGGCUUCGAUGAUGGCACAUUUGUUGCUACAACAACGAAACUGUUGCAUGAUACGAUGUGUGGCGAAACGUGAAUCAUCGGCCGCAGUUCUCAAUCAUUUACUGGUCUGUGAGGUCGACAAGCGAAUGCAAUCGGCCCAGCUAAGUUUGAGCUGCAUCCAAUGUGAAUAUUUCGAUAUACGUAAAUUCGAUAUGGUCAAUUUGUUGGGCAGGCCAACACGCCGCAAGAAAUUCCUAAGCACCAUGGAUCUGCAACGAUGGCUAAAUGGUGAUUAUCAGCAGUUAGUUGCCGGUUGUCAGGGUCAUGAGUGUUUGGAUUUUCUAUUCAGCUUUUCGGAUAGAAAUCGUAUAAUGUAUGAGGUGAAAUUUUCCUAUAUGCAAAUUGUUGCCGGCAAAUUGGAUACGGAUGGGAAAGUGGCCCUGAGUACAUGUUUGGCAAAUUUGGAUAUAAGACCCAGGGGCAAUACUUCAAUGUUGGUGGAUACCAUACGGGAUUAUUACUCUGCCGAACAGGAAAUGCAAAUUUGGAUGUUUUUCGAAAUACCUGUCCAACAGCGGCUUGGUUUGAAUGGAGCUGGUGAUAUUAUGGAUGAUAUGUUGAAAUUAGCCAAGGCUGCCUAUGCUGGUUUUAAUUCAGCCAAAGUUAAUAAGGUUGGAAUCUGUAGAUAAAAUUUGGAG